ACAGAGUAUAUUAUGUUUUUUACUGUUAUUAUCCGAACUUCAAAAAUUCAAAUUGGAAUUAACCACAUGAAAAAAUAUUUAAACAAACAUCUCGUCCGUUAAACACUAUUUUGAUAUUUUAUAUUAUUAACCAGUUGCAAUACCAUUUGUAUGAAUUUCAAUAAUGAUUUAAGUAUAAUAGUGAGUUAUGAUACCAGUAUCUUAUGUGCUGAAUUUAAACAUUUUUUUUUUUAAAUGUGCUAAUAGAAAUAUCUUUUUAGUAAAAUGCUUAAAGUACGUAAUAUUUAAAUAAUAAUAUGAAUUUAUAGUCAUCAUCUUGGUGUACCAUUUUGUUUCAUCCGUCAUUUAUCAAAGUUAAAAUUUAAAGACAAAAAAAAUCAAAAAUUAUGGGGCAGAAUUUAGAUUAUGUUAAAACAAUUGUGAGAAGUGUUCUUACUAGUUCACCUGGACCUAUAACUGUGUCCCAACUUCAAAAAGACUAUUAUGAUUUAGAAGGAGAAACUAUACCAUUUAAGCGAUUAAACUAUUCUACCGUGUUUAAAUUGUUAAAUGAUAUGAAAGACGUUUUAAAAGUUCCUGAAAAUCCUAAUAUGUUUUCACUUUUAUAUGUUAUUGCAAAUGAUAAGACAACACAUUUGAGAAAACUUGUAUUGAACCAAAAAAGAAAAAAAAUUCGCCCUAAAAGAUUUGUCAGUUCUAAGAGUAGCUUUGGCAAUCAUGAUUAUUCUAGAAAUAAUUUUUCUCCCAAUAAUAAUUAUAACGGAGUUUUUAAUGAACGUGGCUAUAAUUAUAUUAAAUCUUACUCAAAUUCAUUAGGUUCAUUGAAUGGAAAAGUUACAACAGAAUUGCAAAGUUUUUUGGAAAAAGAAUGUCAAAAAAAUCCAAAUGGUAUACCUCUCAGCGUAUUCAAGGAAGUUUUAUUGAAACAUAAUGAUUACAAAUAUCUAAAAACAGUUGGUGUUCAAGAAUCCAUAAAUAUGUUAAAAAAUUUUAUUUAUAUUGAAAGAGGUCGAGUUUAUCUUAAAAGUUCUAAUCCUAUGCUAAAUAGAAGUAAAACUGUUGACUUAAACAAAAGUAAUUGUUAUCAAUCUUUAUUCACUAAAGAUGAUUGUGAGUAUUCUGAAGAUGAUAUAAAUUUUUUUGAGGAUGAAUAUGAUAAUGAUGAAUAUGAAUAUUUUAAAAAGAAACCAAUCUUAGAACCACCAGUUACAAAUGAUGAAAAAUAUGAAAAUACAAAUAAUUUUUCUGCUGAAACAAAUAGUUUCCCAGAAGAAUUGAAAGGAAAUAAUUAUGAAAAAUUGUGUCCUUCAAUUAGCGAGUCAGAUCAAUCAAGAAAUAUUUGUUCUAUUCAGACUAUCAAUAAUUCAAAUAUUGAUCAACAAAUGAAGAGAAAUGAUUCAAAAAAUAUGCUUUCAAAAACUAAAUUUAAAAAUCAAUUAAAGUCUACAAGCGCUGAUAUUGAUUAUAAGCAAGUUAUCAUUAAUAUUUUAUCUAACUAUCAAAAACCAGUAACUGUUCAAGUUGUGUUAGAAAAAUUUAAGGAUUUGUAUGGAUAUGAAUUUCCUCAUGAACGUCUCUCUUGCAGAACUGCUAUGGACUUUUUUCGUCUACACCCUGCACAUUUCAGAUUAAAAGACCAAUAUUCUACUAAUAGUAUUGUUACAUUAGAAACUUCUGGUAUAAAGCCUGUUAAAAGAACUUCUACAAUGAGACAUAAAUUAUUAAAAUAUACUAUUGAUAAAAUAAAACCAGAAAUCAUAUCUAUAUUUUUCCAAUUGCGACAAGAAGUCCUUGAAGAUGUCCAAAACAACAAAUCUGAAUCUUCCAUACCAAAAAGUACUUCUCUUUAUCAAUCUUGUGAAAGUGUUUAUAGUAGAUGCCACAGUGAUACAGCAUCAAAUCGUUCCAAUGAAGAAUAUGAUUCUUAUAUGAUUAGAGAUAGUAUGAAAGAAAAAAUGCGAGCUCUUCUUGCAAAACAUAAAAAUGGUAUAAAUUGUAAUGAUUUUAUCUAUCUAUAUGAUAAAAUGUAUAGCAGUUCAUUCACAUUUCAUGAGUAUGGCUUCAAAAGUAUGAGUGAUAUGGCUUACAAUAUUCCCUCUGUAUUUCAUGUUGAAAUUGAAGAAGACACUAAUGAAUGCAUAUUACAUCAAGCAUCCAAACGUGAUCUACUAAGCCAGACAGAACUAUAUUCUGUUCUAAGUUAUAAAAAUAUUCCUAAAAGUGUACUUUACCACCUUUCAAAAUUAUUCAAAAAUAUUAAGAAUGGUGUUCAUAUUAAUAAUGUAAAACAGAUGUAUAUUGCAGAAUUUGGUCGUCGUUAUGAAUCAUUAAAAUAUGGAUUUUCCUCUGAAAGACAUAUGUUUGAAAUAUUGGAUAAAAUGAUCAAAAUAAAUGAUGAUAUUUUAUAUACUAAAGAUCCAAAUGCAUACAAUUGCUACAUUAAUGGAAACGCUUGUGAUAGCAAAGAAGAAAAUAUUCUUCCUGCUUUGCCAAAAGAUUCAUUUUUCAAAAAUCUUGGCAAUGAUAUCUACAAUGGAAACUUUGAAUAUUCAUACCAUACUUUGGCAAAAGGAAAACAAUCUGAAGUUACUGUUGCUGAAAUUUAUGACCCAAGUUCAUUUUAUGUGCAUUCAACAAGUUAUGCUAAAGAUUUAUCCUUACUAAUGGAUGAAUUACAGAAAUUUUAUAAUGACACUUCCAAUGAAGAUAAGUGCAAAGUUUUACCAGAAUUAGUAACACCGGGUCUACCUUGUAUUUCUCGUUUUGAAGAUUCAAUGCAAUGGCAUAGAGCUGUAGUUUUAAAACUAAUUGAUGAGGAUAAUGUUCAACUAUUAUAUGUGGAUUAUGGAUCAAUAGAAAAUGUACCAAAAAUUAAUGUUAGACUUUUAGAAAAGAAAUUCAGCAAAAUGCAUGCUCAAGCAAUUCAUUGUAGUUUAUUCUAUAAAUAUGAAGGACAAACCUUUUCUAGAGAAACUAAAGAAAACUUUGCAAGAUUGGUUGAUAGUAAGACUUUAUGGGCUCAUACUGUGCAGAAAAUUAAAUCUGAGUAUGGUAAUGCACAAAAACUUAUUGUUUCACUUUUUCACGAAAUAAACAAUCAAAGAAUUAAUAUAAAAAAAGAAAUAAUUAAAGAUAUAAAUGUUACGUCAAAUCAAAAUCAAGGUUCAAUUAGACAACAAAUAGCAAGAUUGAUGAUUUAAAAAAUCACCAUCAUUUAAUCAUAAAACUUAUAAAUGAUAUACUUAAAGUAAUUUUCAUUAUUUUUUCUUUUGUUUUUCUUAUUAUAAAAAAAAAAAUUAAUUUGAUCAAACAUUUUUUACAUUGAUGUAUUCUAUCUAUUUAUUAACUUAAUUAGUUUUUUACUAAUUAAAACUUCAA